AUGUUUUUGCAAGCUUUGAAGUUCGCUGCUCCAAGAGCCACCCGCACUUUCGCCUCUACCGGUGUCAGAGCGAAUGCCAUCCAAGAGUUGUACCUAAAGGAAAUCAAAAGCGUAAAGCUUCAACCAGUCAGUGCCAAAGAUGCCGAAGGUAGCGUUAAACCAUGGUCUGCCCCAAAAGCCCCUCAAACACCAGAAUUGGAAGGUCAAGGACCAGAGGCUCUGAAAGCUUACGUUGAUGAAGAUGUGCUAGUGUCCAAGACUCAAGAAGAAUCCGCAGCAGAGACCGAGGAACAAGACUGGUUGGUGCUCGAGGAAAUCGAAGAGGAAACUCACCAUUGA